AUGUCGAAGGCUUCGGGAUCUGAAGAUGAGCCUCUGGUGCCAGAUGAUUUCGAUGAUGAUUUCUACAAGGAAUUAUGUGACAAAAUCCCUGAAGCAACCAAGGCUUUGCGUCAAAAGGACACUCCUAACAAUGCGGAUAAUGUCCAGAGAUUGCUCAUAUGUGGCACUCGCUAUAAAAGCGAUCUUCGAAUGGAGAAGGAACGGUCCCAGGAGUUGCGUAAAGAGAUUGAGAGUUUGGAGGGACGAUUGGAGAAUGCAGCUCGAGUGACCAAGAUGGACAUGGCCACCAUUGAGGAGCUACGAGGGGUCAUAGAGGGUGCUUGGAAGCAGAAGGAUGCUGCACAGAUCCGUGAACAGUCCGCUCAAGAUGAAGUGUUAAGUCUCCGGGAGAAGCUGGACGAAUCGGAGCAAAUGGUGGCCCAUCUCAAUGAGAAGCGGCUGGCCAUGAGCAAACGUGACGAUGGCAAGGAACGUGAGCGUCUUACGGCCGAAAUUGCCGAUCUCAACAAGCGUUUGCAGCUGCAGCGAACUUAUGCCACUGAACUGGACAGCACAAUCGAAGGAUUGGAGGCAAAAAACAAGGAGUUACUCAAGUUGUUGGAUGAAACCUCUAGCGAUGCUUGCAACCUUAAACGUAAGAGCGAUGCUUUAUCCAAGGAACUUUCAACUAUGAAGACCGAAGAGUCCCGAUACCAGGAGCAAAUAUCUCAAAUGAAAUCGGCCAACGAGCACCUGACCAAAGUGAAAGUCCGUCAGAACCUUCAGAUUCUCUCCUUAAAGACGAAUCUCGAACAUUUAAAUACCCAACAUAAUGCCACCAACAACAAGUUGGCCAAGAUUACUGUGGAUCUGGAGUACACAGUUCAGGAAAGGGAUAAGAAUAAGCGGGCUUUGAAUCAACGCAUUAAUCUACUGAAAGUACGGGAGGAUGAGCUGAUUAAAGUGCGCCAGGAUAAUGGAAAAUUGGCUAAAUCCCAGGAAACAAUUGCUCGAAAGUAUGCAGGAUUAGAUGAAUCAAAGCGAGAAGUGGAACAACAGAACAUUCGAUUGAAAACUCAGCUCGGCACCCAGGAUAAAGAACUUGAGUCCAUGCGCAGGGUGGUCCAUCAUUUCGAGAAGAACAAUGAAAACCUGACCAAGGAGCGGGAUUCUUUGAGGCGGGAACUGCAAGCUGAACAUCAACAGCUGGAGCAAAGUAAUGCCCUGCAUCAAGAGGCUCAACACGAAAUCCGUGCUCUCAAGGACACCAUCAGCACUAUGGAUACCAAGCUCAAGAAACUCAAUGAGGACGCAAACAAGCUGAAGAAGGAGAAGACUAAGAAGUUGGAUGAAAUACAGCACUGGAUAGAUAAGCUGGAUGCAUUACAGAAUGAAAUGCACCUAAAGGAGAACUACGAGAUUGAACUGAAGCGCACUAUUAGCGACCUUGAGGCCAAGUGCUCCAAGUUCCAGCAACAACACGAUGUUCUGGCUGCUGAGCGCCAGUCUCUUCAACGCACUGUGCAAGUUGCCGACGAGGAGCGGCAGAAACUUCGCGACCAACUAGUCAAUUUUCAAGCGCUCGUCGAGAAGCUGAAGGCGAAGAUCGGCUACCGGGACUCGGAGUUGUCCAAACUGCAGCUGCAGAUUGAUCGCAUGGAGAAGGAGCGACGCCUGCUGCGGAACGACAUCCGGCACGCUCAACUAGGUCAGCAGCACACCAAGGCGGAGCUGCUGGAUAAGCGCAAGGAGAACGACAGACAUGCCAAGUCGCUGCAGGAGGACGAGCUAAAGUUGGCGCGUCUGCGCAAGGACGUGGACAACCUGAUGAACGAGAAGAACGCGAUCAGUGCGGCUCUGACCAAGCGCAACGAGGAGUACGAGCGACUGAAGCACAGCCAGGAGAACCUCCAAACGGUGUACGAUCAAACCCAGAGGCAGUGCACCCAGUGCCAGGAUGAUAUGCGAUUGAUGGGCGUGGAGAUAAAGAACUUGCGAACGGAAAGGGACGUCCUGAGGGCGGACAGGGAGAGUGCAGCGGAUCUGCGCCAGGAACUGCUCCAAAUGCACCGCAUGCUUAAUCAGGAACGAAUUAAGGCACGCGCCUUGCAGGAUGAGAUGGUCACGCCCAUGAAUGUCCACCGCUGGCGUCUGUUGAGCGGCAAGGACCCGGAGAAGAUGGACCUCCUGGGUCGCAUCAGUAUCCUUCGCAAGCAGCUUCUCCAGCAGAACGUGGCUGCCUUGGAGCAGGAAAGGGCCCUGACUGAAGCCCAACAGCUUUACGGGGCUCUGAGGGAGUUUAUGCUCAAGCUGCCCAGUCAUAAAGUGAGAGCGGAGCUUAAUAGCGUCAAGGCUAAUUUAUCCGCCAAGGAUCGCAAACUCAAGGUUCUCAAGGCCGAACUUAGUGCUAGAGAGGCAGAUGAGAGGUCCAAGAAGGAGAAGCUAGAGGAGAUGCGGGUUAACCUGGCACUCACCAAAACCCAGCUGUUGGAGGAGAAGAAGCACAAGCAGAAACUCCUGGAGGAGAGACAUUUGCUGGAGCAGAUGCACUGCUAUUCGGCGCCAGCCCAACUGCCAAGAACUCUGGGUGCGGGAUUCAAGAUGGUCAGUAAUUUACUUUAA